GUUCUGUAAUGAAGAAAUCUCGAGAAAGUGGUUUCUUGUUCUGUGGUUUGUGUGGCAAUAUGGUGGUCUUGAAAUCAACCAAGUGUGCAGAAUGUCCACUUUGCAAAACAACGAGAAAUGCUAAAGAUAUCAUUGACAAGAACAUAGCUUACACAGUUUCUGUUGAGGAUAUCAGAAGAGAAUUAGGAAUAUCUCUGUUUGGUGAAAAGGCGCAGGAAGACGUAGAGCUGCUACAGAACAUAUAG